CUGCACUUUGUGAAUGGCCCAUAGUCUUCUGGGACCUGUCAUGUGUCUUCAGUCUCUGGUCAUCUCCUGUGCUAUGUCUGUAGUCUCUGGUCAUCUCCUGUACUAUGUCUGUAGUCUGUGGUCAUCUGCUGUACUAUGUCCGCAGUCUCUGGUCAUCCCCUGUACUAUGUCUGCAGUCUCUGGUCAUCUGCUGUACUAUGUCCGCAGUCUCUGGUCAUCUCCGUACUACUAUGUCUGUAGUCUCCGGUUAUCUCCUGUAGUAUGUCUGCAGUCUCUGGUCAUCUCCUGUAGUAUGUCUACAGUCUCUGGUCAUCUCCUGUAGUAUGUCUACAGUCUCUGGUCAUCUCCUGUAGUACAUCCACAGUCUCUGGUCAUUUUCUGUACUAUGUCUGCAG